GCGGCGGCGGCGGCGGCGAGCGACGCGGGGCCCGGGGGCGGGGCGGGGCGCCAGCCAUGGACAAUCAGUGUACCGUGCAGGUCAAGUUAGAGCUGGGACACCGUGCCCAACUGCGCAAGAAGCCCACCACGGAGGGGUUCACCCAUGACUGGAUGGUGUUUGUCCGCGGCCCUGAGCAAUGUGAGAUCCAGCACUUCGUGGAGAAGGUGGUCUUCUGGCUGCAUGACAGCUUCCCCAAGCCCAGACGUGUAUGCAAAGAGCCCCCAUACAAGGUGGAAGAGUCGGGCUACGCUGGCUUCAUCAUGCCCAUCGAGGUGCACUUCAAAAACAAGGAGGAGCCCAGGAAGGUGUGCUUCACCUAUGACCUGUUCCUGAACCUGGAGGGCAACCCGCCCGUGAACCACCUGCGCUGCGAGAAGCUCACCUUCAACAACCCCACCACUGAGUUCCGGUACAAGCUCCUGAGGGCUGGCGGGGUGAUGGUAAUGCCCGAAGGAGCAGAAACGGUGUCCAGGCCCAGCCCCGACUACCCCAUGUUACCCACAAUUCCACUCUCUGCCUUCUCUGACCCCAAGAAGACCAAACCGUCCCACGGCUCCAAGGACGCCAACAAGGAGAGCAGCAAGGCUUCCAAGCCACACAAGGUGACCAAGGAGCACCGGGAGCGGCCCCGCAAAGACUCAGAGAGCAGGAGCUCCUCCAAGGAGCUGGAGCGCGAGCAGGCCAAGAGCACCAAGGAUGCCUCGCGGAAGCUGGGCGAAGGCCGGCUGCCCAAGGAGGAGAAGGCACCGCCGCCCAAGGCUGCGUUCAAGGAGCCCAAGAUGGCCCUGAAAGAAACCAAGCUGGAGAGCAUGUCUCCCAAGGGGGGACCCCCGCCCCCGCCCAAGGCUUCCAGCAAGCGGCCAGUCGCCGCGGACUCGCCAAAGCCCAGCGCCAAAAAGCAGAAGAAGAGCAGCUCGAAGGGGUCCAGGAGUGCCCCAGGCACCUCACCCCGCACCUCGUCGUCUUCCUUCUCAGACAAAAAGCCGGCCAAGGACAAAAGCGCCACCAAAGGGGAGAAGAUGAAGGCCGAGAACGAGCCCCGGGAGGCCAAGAAGACCUUGGAGGUGGAAGAGUCCAACUCGGAGGACGAGACCUCCUUCAAGUCAGAGUCCGCCCAGUCAAGCCCAUCCAACUCUAGCUCCAGCUCAGACUCCAGCUCGGAUUCGGAUUUUGAGCCAUCUCAGAACCAUAGUCAAGGCCCCCUGCGCUCCAUGGUAGAGGACCUGCAGUCGGAGGAGUCCGAUGAGGACGACUCUUCGUCGGGUGAGGAGACUGCCGUCAAGACAAAUCCAGGGAGGGAUUCCAGGUUGAGCUUCAGUGACAGUGAGAGUGACAACAGUGCUGACUCCUGCCUGCCCGGCCGUGAUCCCCCACCUCCCCAGAAGCCACCCCCGCCCAACAGCAAGGCAUCAGGUCGGAGGAGCCCAGAGUCCUGCAGUAAGCCGGAGAAGAUCCUCAAGAAAGGCACCUACGACAAGGCCUACACAGACGAGCUGGUGGAGCUGCACAGGAGGCUGAUGGCCCUGCGGGAGCGCAACGUGUUACAGCAGAUCGUGAACCUGAUCGAGGAGACUGGCCACUUCAACGUCACCAACACCACCUUUGACUUCGACCUCUUCUCCCUGGAUGAGACCACCGUGCGCAAGCUGCAGAGCUACCUGGAGGCUGUGGCCACAUGACCCUGGGCUGGGUGCUGGGCCCUUGCUGCUGGGGUCCUGGGAGGCCGAGUCCAGGCCCCGCCUUCCCUCCUCUCUCUUGACUCGCCUGCCCGCAGCACUGCCUUAGUGACCGCCCUGUCCUCGGCCCUCACAGCCAGCUGCACUUUCCUUGGCGGCUUCCAACCCGCCCUCCCCACCACCUUGUCUGGAGCCCCAGAGCCGCGGGGUGCCAGGCUAGUGCCGCUGUCCCCAGCCCCACACGUGCUGCCACCAGGGCUCCCCUCAUAAAGCCAUUUGUGUUGAUGGCAGCUCUGGGCCUUGCUCCUGAAAGGGGGAGAAGCACACAGGGCUGGAGCCCCCUCAGCUGACCUUGGGACCAGCCCCCGGUGCAGCGGCUCUGUUCCCUGCUCCAUGGCGGGCUGUGUGGCACAGGCUGACUGCCUGGGCCUCUCUGAGCAGCCAAGACCGACUGCUGGGACUGACUCCAGGCGCCAUCUCCAGCCUCCCCACACAGUUCAGAACACACCCUUUGCCCACCCACCUGCCCGCCCAGGACCUCAGAAGGCUCCACCUCCGUGUCUGCGUCGUCCUCGUGUAAGCUAAGGCAGUCUUCCUCUGUUGGCUCUCACUGUGCUAGGACUCCGUGCUGUGUAGUUCUAUUAUAUACGAGUGUGCACUGUACGUACAAGAGCGGUUUCCGGAUGUGCGUUUCUGUGGCAGCAGUGCACGGGGGUGGGGUGGGGGUGAGUAAGGUGGGACUCGUAGCUUAAGAUGUGUCUGUGGUCUUGUCGCUGGGCUGGAGGCUGAGCCAGGAGCAGCAGCUGGCCAUCUUCAGGUGUGUGGAGGACACCUCCUUUGUGGCUCCAAGGACACCUCUCCUCCUGCCAGACUCCAGUGAACACUACGAUGGUGGCGAGUCCUCAGGGCACCAGGGAGCUCCUGGCCUGCGGGCAUCCAUUGAGACUAGCACCAACAGCACCCAGGGACAGACUGUGACGAUGCCCCGGUCUCCUCUUCCUCCAUAGGAUCCUUUUCCUCCCCUGUUUUUGAUCAAGUCUUCGAACUUUGGGAAAAAAUGAGCUUUUGCCAAAUAAGACGGGAUAGUUUGGAGUUUUCCGAGGCGCAUUGGACUCAGAGUCAGCCCCUCGUUCCGGGGCCAGGCCGGUUGGCCACAUGGCCCCCCAGGCUGCCUUUCUCUCCAGCUCUGCCUGGCCCUCUGCCCACCGCUGCCAUUCAUGCUGGUGCCCGGCUGGAGACCUGACUCCUUGUCUGCAGGAGAUUCUCCACGGGUCAAGCCAGCCCUCUCCAGGGCCAGGGUGCCCCUGGGGAUCAGCUCACCCUGGGUGCGGCUUCCAGGCACUGGAGGCCUGUGUGGUCAGCCUCUGUUUCCCCAGACCUUGAGUCAAGGCUCCUCCAGGCCCCCACCCCGACUUCAGAGUUGUGUCAAGUCCUCGUGCCCUGACCAUGAUGUAGGAAAAGAGAACUGGGGGCUCAAGGUGGGCUCGCCUUCUCUCUCACCCACUGUUAGGUGUCUCCUGCUCCCAGUCUAUGAGUUCAGACGUGGGGAGCUCCGUCUUCCCCUCCCGUAGGUCCCUGAUCUUGUUCCUGCUCUGAUUCUGUCUGUCAGGCAGAUCCUGAACACUCCCUGGGGGGACUCCUGCCUCCAAGGCUUCCCCCAACUCCAGCUUUCCUGGGGAAUGCCCCAGAAUUCUCGGGAAAAGGCCCAAGAACUUCCAGAGGAAGCCUCUGGGGCUCCUCACCCUUGCUCUGUUUCUCUCCUGGCCCCACUGCCUUCAGGUGUCAGGAAGAGGACAGGCCCAUGUGGCCGUCCCCUUCCCCAGGCAGGCCAGCAAUCCUGCUAAGUGGGGCCCCUCUCUUUCUUCUCUGGAAACUUUCAGACAUUGGACAGGAUGGAGCGGCCUGACGUGGGCUGCUUGGAGGGGGUGGCAGCUUGGCCUUCUACCUGCAGAGUCUGCCAGGGAUCCCCUGGGAUCCACACUGCCUUCUGGGCGGUUCUCUGCUCAGCCAGAGGAGGGCUGGGCUCUCCUGCCUGCCCUUGGUGGCAGCACUGGCCCUUCCUGUACUUGCCAAGGCCUCUGGAAGCACCAACCCAUUUCUCCGUUACCUCUUCUGGCUGGAAGGCCUCUCCACUGCCCUCCAGAGCUGCUCCAGGCCCAGGGCUGUCUCCGUGACCACUGGAUGGACUUGCUGGGCAGCUGGGGCCCUCUCCGCAGCAUUCCCAGCUGCUCCCUUACCCCCACCCCUGGCUGCCCGGCAGCUGGGCCCACGCAGGCUCUGGGGAUGCUUCCAUAGGAAGGGGCCCGGCACUUUGUGAUUGCCACGUGUUUUGUGUUCAGCCGCCUGCCCCCAGUGCAAAUCCCUAUGUUCUCUCUCCUAAAAAAGUGUAAACCGAAAGCAAAAGGUAUCGAAUACCUUUCUUACCCACAAGGGUUUUUACAAAGAAUGUGUCUCACUAGGAAUUGUGACACUCACCGGCCCAAGACCAACUCCUGGAUAAAAGGAAUAAGGAGAAUUGUGUUUGUAACAAGUUACAAGAUUGUUUCUCUCCUGAAUUUUAAACUUUUGUUAAGUUGUGAAAUUAUGGAGGAGUUUUAUAGAAAAAACAUGAAAUAAAGUCAGAUGGGAAAGCAGA